UCGUGUAUUUUUGUAUGCUUUUCGUAUAUAUUUGUUAUAAAUAACCCUCAUAUACAUGUUUGUCUAUUUGUUUGGUAUUGUUGAUAAUGCACUAGUGUUAUGGAUGAUGUACAAGAUGAUGUACAAAUUGUUAAAAAACGAAAAGGUUAUGGUCAAUGGACUCAGGAAGAGAGCAAAGCGCUACUAGAAAUUAUGGUUGAUGCCGCCAAUCGAGGAUGGCGUGACAAUAGCGGUGUCUUUACUAAACAAAUUGUGGAAGAUAGAAUUCUUCCUGCGCUUAACGCAAAACUUGGCUGUAAUAAAACUUAUAACCAUUAUUAUAGUCGACUAAAAUGGUUUAAAGGCCGAUGGAUCGCUUAUUCAACUCUUUUGAAGUUUAAUUCUGGUUUUGGUUAUGACUCAAUUUCAAAGAAGUUUACCGCUCCCAAUGAAGUAUGGGAUGACUACCUAAAGGCUCAUCCAAAAGAUAAAAGCUUGCGCGAUGGGGUAUCUGAUGAUUACGAGGACUUACAAAUUGCUGUUGGAGGCGGUGUCGCAAUUGGUAAAAAUUCGAUCGGAUUGGGUAAUGCUACGGAUGCAAGGACAUUACAAGCUAGUGAAGUGCAAGACACGUGCAUUGAUGACUUGACUUAUGAUCUUGAGGAGUUUGAACAAAACAAUUCGCCACUGACGGGUUCUCCUGAAGUUUUAUGA